CAGGCUUAAAAAAAUGGCAAACUUUUCCCCAAUGUCUUGUCUCCCUUCAGAAUUGUUGCUACUAAAUUAAUAAUAAUAUUUAUUUAUAAUGUUCAAUUAUUUAUUGUACUUCCACUAUCUUCAGUCCAUCUUGCUUCAGCCGAAGAUCCAAUUGUGUUACAAUCUCAGUUGCGUUUGUGAUUCUUAGCGCAGCUCCUUCAAUAUUUCCCUCAAUUUCAAAUUUCAGGCUCUCUCUUUGCUACACACUUUUAUCAGCUUUAAUAUAUAUCUAUAUUUUUAUUUAUAUUGAGUUUCCUUAUUAAUUAAGAUCAAUGGAUAUAAUUUCUCCUUUCAUUGGAGCAAUUGUGGAGUACACUAUACACCCCAUUGGUCGUCAAUUGAGUUAUCUAUUCUUCAUCCGUCGAAAUAUUCAAAACCUUAAGAGUCGGGUUGAAACGUUGAAGUACCUUAAAGAAUCGGUGCUUCAUAAGGUCAACGAGGCGAGAAGAAAUGCUGAAAACAUAGAAUCUGGUGUUCAAAAUUGGUUGACUAAGGCGGAUUCCAUCAUUGAAAAAUCUGAAACAUUACUAAACAAUCUUGCUCAACAGGAUGGAUUGUGCUUGAAUUUGGUCCAAAGACACAAAUUAAGUAGGAAAACUGUGAAGUUGGGUGAUGAGGUUGUUGAGAUAAAAAAUGAGGGAAAUUUCGAUAGAGUCUCCUAUCGUGUAGCUCUUUUAGAAGUUGAGCUUGAGAGUUCAAAGGCAAAGACUUCAGAUUUUGUUAAUUUUGAAUCAAGAAAGCCAACUAUUGACAAAAUCAUUGGUGCACUUAUGGAUGAUAAUGUCCAUAAAAUUGGAGUGUACGGGAUGGGAGGUGUUGGCAAAACAAUGUUAGUGAAAGAGAUUUCAAAAUUAGCUAUGGAGAGAAAGCUAUUUGAUGAAGUGGUCACAUCGACCAUUAGUCAGACACCAGAUAUAAAGAGAAUUCAAGGACAACUUGGUGAUAAACUUGGACUCAAAUUUGAUCAAGAAACAGAAGAAGGAAGAGCUCUUAUGUUACAGAAAAGGUUGAAGAUGGAACGAAGGAUCUUCAUUGUACUUGAUGAUGUUUGGAAGCAAAUUGACUUGGAAACAAUAGGAAUUCCAAGUAUUGAAGAUCAAUUAGGAUGCAAGAUUCUAUUUACCUCUAGAGAUUUUAGUGUACUCUUUAACGAUAUGUGUGCAGAUGAGAUUUUUGAGAUAAAAGUUUUACAAGAAGACGAGACAUGGAGAUUAUUCAAGAAAAUGGGUGGUGAGAUUGUUGAAACAUCUGAUUUGAGGAGUAUAGCUGUUGAAAUAGCAAGGGAAUGUGCACGUUUGCCCAUUGCUAUCACUACACUUGCUAAGACAUUGAGAAACAAACCUUUGUCGAUUUGGAAAGAUGCCUUAACCCAAUUAAAAAAUCCUGUGGUAGUGAAUAUUAGAGGAAUGAAUGAGAAAGUGUAUUCUUCACUUAAGUUAAGUUAUGAUCAAUUAGAUUGUGAAGAGGCCAAAUUACUACUUUUACUAUGUAGUAUGUUCCCAGAAGAUUGUAUCAUUAAUAAUGUGGAACACUUGCAUGUAUAUGCUAUGGGCAUGGGUUUUUUGUAUGGUGUUGACACUGUGACUCAAGCACGACAUAGGAUAACAAAAUUGGUUGAUGAUCUCAUAUCUUCUUCUUUGCUUCUAAAAGAAUCAACUGAUGGUUUGGGUGAGUGUGUUAGAAUGCAUGAUCUCAUUCGUGAUCUAGCUAUACUAAUUGCCUCAAAAGACGAUCAUAUUCGUACACUAAGCUUUUCCAAAGGAUUGGAUGAAUCAUGGCCAGAAAAAGAAAUGUCAGGUGAUCAUACAGUAGUGUACUUAAAUGUUGAAGGAUUGUGUAACCCUCCGAAAAAGUUAAUGUUACCCAAAGUUCAAUUAUUGGUGUUACAUGGACCAUUGUUAUUGGAUAGAUAUGAGUUGUCCAAAACCUUUUUUCAAGAGACAAAGGAGCUCAAAAUUGUAGAAAUAAUUGACAUGGAAUUUUCCCUCGAGACGACGACAUUUCACUCUUUUGAGAAGCUUCAAGCAUUGCAUCUAUUUAGGUGUAGAUUGGGAAAUAUAGAUAGGAUUGGACACUUAAAUAGCCUUGAAAUUCUCAAUUUUCGAGGAUCAAACAUCAGAAAAAUUCCUAUGUCGAUAAGCCAAUUGACGCAAUUGAAAGUGUUGGGUUUAUCAGAUUGUUCUAAAUUAAAGGUAAUUCCACCUAAUGUUCUCUUUAAUUUGAAAAAUUUAGAAGAGUUGUAUUUGCGAGGGUUUGAUGGAUGGGAAAGAGAAGAUUUGAAUGAAGGAAGAAAAAAUGCUAGUCUUUCAGAGCUCAAGCACCUUGUCCGCUUGUGUGUUUUAACAUUGUGGAUUCAAGAUGAAAAUACUAUGCCAAAACAGUUGUUUUCAAGAUUGUUGAAUUUGGAAAAGUUUGAUAUUACCAUUGGUUGUGCACCUCGUGGAUUUUGGUCAAUGGAAAUCUCAAGGGUCUUGUGCUUGAAGAUGGCCGAAACAGGAACUGACAUUGAUAAUGGGAUAAACAUGUUGUUAAAGAGGUCUGAAGAAUUGCAUUUAGUAGGAUCAGUUGGUGCAAGGGUCCUCCCUUUUGAGUUAAAAGAAAAUGAAACUUUACAUUUGAAGAAACUCUAUAUUUAUGAUAAUUCAAAAUUUCAACAUUUUAACCUUGAGCAAAAGAAUCCUUUCCAAAAUGUUUGGUCUAAAUUAGAGUAUUUAAAAUUAAGCAACUUGGAGAAUUUGGAGAGUAUAUUUCAUUGUGAUCAUGUCAGAGGAUCUCAAUUAAACAAGUUGAAGGUGAUAAAGUUGUUAGGUUGUAAUAAAUUGAGAAGUCUCUUUUACUACUCCAUCUUGGAUGACCUGUUCCAUCUUGAGGAGAUUAAAAUCAUUGGUUGUGCGAUGAUGAGAACAAUCGUCGGAAAUGAGAAGGCAACCGAAAAAAUUGAGUUGGCGAGUUUAAAGUAUUUAACGCUAAUGGACUUACCAAGACUUCAUAGUUUUUUCUCUAAAAUUGAGAAACACGGACAAUCAUGUCUUGAUAAUCUACAACCAGACAAGACAAGCAGAAACACUGACUCAUUUUUCAAUGAAUUGGUAUCACUUCCUAAUUUGGUGCGUUUGCGAAUUGAUGAGGCUCACAACUUGAAGAUGAUAUUCCACAAUAUACUGAUUCCUAAUUCCUUCUCCAAACUCGAAAGUCUAUGGAUUGGUGAAUGUAACAAUCUUGAAAAAGUGUUUCCUUCCAACAUAAUGAGUAGACUUACAUGUCUUAAAUUAUUGAUCAUUACGAAUUGUAAUUUAUUGGAAGGAGUAUUUGAAAUGCAAGAGCCAAAAGGUACAAAGAAGAGCAUUGAUUUGCUCCCAAGUUUGAGACACCUGGAGUUGAUUGAAUUGCCAAACCUCCAAUACAUAUGGGAGGAUAAUUUUUACGAACUUUCGAAGGUUAAAAAUAUAGAAAAGUUGGACAUUCGCCAAUGUCCAAAACUUAAAAUAGAAUAUCCAAUGAAAGUUCUUCGUCAACUAGAAAUGUUGACUAUAGAUUUAAGAGAUUUAAAAGAGAUUCCACUUAAAGAAAAGACAACACAAAUGUUGGAACUUGAAGAAAUGGAGACUUCAAAGGAUGAAAUCAUACCAUUUCGAGAUGGUUCAAAAUUAUUUUCCAGACUUAAACACUUGAGGUUAUAUGGUUCUUUUGACUAUUGCCAGACGCACUUGCCGAUGAGAAUAGUACAAAUAUUACACAACAUUGAAGUGUUUGAAGUGAGAAAAACUUUCUUUGAAGAAGUGUUCCCAAUUGAGAGAUCGUGGGAUAACGUUGAAGAAUGGCAAAAUGAAAGAUAUAAGCUUUCAAGAUUGAAUUUAUUCGAACUACCCAAGCUUAGGUAUCUGUGGAGUGGAGGCUUACAAAAGAAUUCCUCGAUAGUUCAAAAUUUGAUGGAGUUAAAUGUAUUAGGUUGUGGCAUAUUGAGUAUGUCAGUGCCAUCUUCAAUGUCGUUUAGAAACUUGACAUGGCUAACUGUGCGAAAAUGCCACAAGAUGACCUAUUUGCUAAAUCCUUCAGUUGCUAGAACCUUGGUGCAGCUUAGACUUUUGGUUUUAGGAGAAUGCAAAAGGAUGACUACUGUGAUUGUGGAAGGAGUAGAAGAAGAAAAUGACGAAAUCCUAUUCAAUAGAUUAGAUUCGAUAGAUCUUAGAGAUAUGCUCAAACUAACAAGUUUUCAUUCUGGAAAAUGUACCAUUAGGUUUCCAUGCUUGGAUGAACUAGCUAUUGAAAAUUGCCCUGAAAUGAGAGAUUUCUCACUUGGAAUUGUAAGCACACCACUUUUGCUAACGGAAAAUAUUGGACUAUAUUCUGAAACCUUUGAAAUAUGUCCAAUCCUUGAAGAUUCAAAAGAGAUUUAUGUGUCAAAUAUCAAUGUUACAAUUCGACAAGUUUGGGAGGAUCAUUACGAUACCAACCUACGAUAUUUGUUUGAAGAAGAGAAUUCGGAGGACAACCAAUGUGAUCCUUCUUCACAUGUUGAGGAAUGAGCUAGACUCAUAAUGGUCUCAGAAUUACUUUAUGAGAUUCCAUCAUCCAUAAUCAAGGAAGUAAUCUGUGGUGUAUUUCGUUUCCAAUUCUAUUCAUACGCUUCUGAAAAUGAGGAAGGCCAAGGUAGAAGAGAAAAGCAAAAAACAACCGAGAAAGAUUGAGAUCGAGGAAACGUUUACUAAAAGACUAGAUAAAAAAGCAAAGGAAGUAAUGAGGAUUACCUCAAGCUAUUUUAUGUCGGGCGUACGAAAUAAUACCAAAACUUUCUGAGCAAGGCGUUGGGGUUGUCACUCAAGUGAGUGAGGAAUGCCAAGAAUGCUUCUAUGGAUUUCAACAAAGAAGUCUGGUUGGAACUACCUCUAGGAUCGUAUCUUUGAGGCGAGUGAUUUUAAAACGAUCUCUCUAAAUCCUUUUGGAGAUGAAAGACUAUCAAACUACUUCCAAUAUUAUGCAAAUGAGCCAUUGAAAGUAAUUGAUGAAAGAUGAAAAUACAAAGGGUUGAUCUGCCUGGACGAUGAGCAAGAAGUUUUGAAAGAUCAAGAGGAUGAAAGCUCCGUUGCAAAUGAUUCUAUUUGAGGUGGCCUAAGAAAAAUGAACGAGGAUGUGAAAUCUUUGAGAGGAAAAUAUUGAAAUUUCAAACAACGUAGCUGCAUUGUUUUAAUUGUUUAAUUCAAUUAAUGAAAAAUUAACUUCAAGAAACAUGGAGAAACAAUCGCAAGACUUGUUCCAUCCGAACAGAUCUCCAACAACAAACCUACAAAUAAUAGGAGAUGAGAUGAACAACAAAUGUUUGAAUGACAAAGUAGUAAUAUUCAUUAUUUGAUUAUCAAAACAAUUUGAUGUAUAUUAACUUAUUAAUAAUGCUUACCUUUCUUAGCUUUCUGAACAAGAAGAAAAGGAUGAAGAAGAUGAAGGAAAAGAAGAUGAUGGAGUUGCGAAAGGAGAAAAAGAUGUGGCAGGAGUUGAAGGUGAAGUGGAAAAGAAUCAAAUUGAUGAGGAUAAAACUGAAGGAAAUAAAGAGGAUGAAGUAGAUCUGGAAAGACAAAAAGAUGUGCCAGAAGUUCAUGGAAAAGAACAAGUAGUUGAAAACAUAGAACAAGGAGAACAUGAAAAAUUGGAUGGAUGUUCUAUCCAUAAUGUAUUCAACAUUAACAAGGUGAUUACAUUAACUAGUUUCUGAUUUUAAUCUUAUUGAUCACCGUCUAAUGACCAUUUGAUUACCACUUGAUUUCGAUCUAA